AUGGCAGCGAGUUAUCUGCAACAACUUUUGAACGGGCCAUUCAUCUUCCUCUUCCAACUCAUCCAAUCCGUCCUCGACUACCUCCUCUCGCCGACUCCGCCACCACCGGGCGCAAAGCUUGGACGACCGAAGAUUGCCAUUAUCGGAGCUGGACUGACCGGCGUCUCAUCAGCAUCGCAUUGUGUUGGCCAUGGCUUCGAUGUCCAAAUCUUCGAGGCGGGAAGCCGCAAGAACCUGGGUGGAAUAUGGGCAAAGGUCAACAACACAUCUGGUCUGCAGAUACAUUCGGUCAUGUAUCGCUUUCACCCAAGUGUGAAAUGGUCGGAAGGAUACCCCGAUCGCAAGCAGAUCGUCGGUGCCAUUGAGAAGCUAUGGAAGCAGUACAACCUGCAGGAGAAGACAAAGUUCGAUACGAGAGUUGAGAAAGUCUACAAAGACCGCCAGGGCAGAUGGAUCAUCAACGACGAGUCCAAUGGCCGCUUCGACGGCAUCAUAGCAUGUGUGGGCACAUGUGGUGAUCCAAAGAUGGCGCAGAUCAAGGGCCAGGACCAGUUCAAAGGCAAGGUCUUCCACUCUUCUGAGCUCGAUGGCAAGGAAGAUGAUGCGAAGGACAAGAAGGUGAUAGUGGUGGGUGGUGGGGCUUCCGCUAUAGAAGCCAUGGAGUUCACCACUCACGCUGGAGCACAGAAAACCUUCAUUCUAGCACGAAGCGAGAAAUGGAUCAUCCCACGCAACCCUUUCAUCGAUGUGCUUCUGUCCUUGAACAUUUUCGGAGCAGAGACACCCUUCUCCUGGAUCCCGGAAAGCCUCCUCAGAUUGUUCUUCUACAGGGACCUCAAGGACAUUGCACCUGCCAUUUCCAGCGGAAACGGUCUCUUCAUGGAAACACCAAUGGUCAACAACGAUGUCCUUGAGCAAAUCCGAAGCGGCAACGCAAGCUGGCUGCGCGGCGACAUCAAAGGCUUCACAGAGACUGGCAUCAAGUUCAAUCACCGAAGCCAGGGAGUCCCAAAGGGCGGUCCGGGCAAGGAAGAGCUGAUCGAAGGCGACAUGGUGAUCAUGGCAACAGGCUACGAGCGACCCUCCCUCAACUUCCUCCCAGACGAAUGCUUCGAAGAAUCAUACGAGCCGCCGAAUUGGUACCUUCAAGUCUUCCCGCCAAAGCAUAUGGACAUCUGCGCCAACAACUGCACCUACGUCAAUGCUAUCGGGACUGUUGGCAACUACCACAUCGGCAUCUACACCCGCUUCCUGCUCAUGUUCCUGGUCGAUCCAUUGGCACGGCCGACGGAGAAGCUCAUGAAGACGUGGAUUGACUUCACGCGAUGGGUGAAGCAACGGGCACCAACUGGAGCUUUCGACUUCUUCACAUAUGCGGAGUUGAUGUACUGGUUCGUGCUCAUUAUUCUGAUUAACCCUUUCCGGUGGAAGUGGGCGCUGUUUGUGCUCUGCGGCGUUGGUGCUGCGUUACCUCAAUCAGUUGUGCAACAGGAGGAUAAGAUCCGAGACCGAUUCGGCAUUCAGACGAAUGGCGUACGGGAAGAAGGGACCGAAAAGCUUGAGUAG